CAGUGCCGGCACCUUGUGCAAGAGCCCCGGCCACGCUCCCCUGACUCAGCAGCCCGGCAGCUGCCACGGCACGCACGGCCAGGGCUGGAGCGAGCCCGCUGCGCCCCACUGUGCCCCACAGCACCCCUCUGUGCCCAGAUGUACCCCUCUGUGUUGUACCGCACUGCGCCCCCUGACUCCCAGCCCCCACCCGUGCCCACCCAGGGCAGCGCAGUUCCAUGGGUGGGAGUCCUGCAUGGAUGGGGUGGGGGGACCCCACUCCAGCCCCCCAGCCAGGGUGGGGGCACAGGACAGCCCCCCACACCUUCCCGUUGGGGUCCCUUCACAGGCCUGAGGCUGGUGAGCCUUGGGGGGCCCUGUCCUCCCCAGAGAAGAUGCUGUUCCCUUCCCCUGUCCCCCCCGGUUACUGCUCGUGACCCUGCGGUGACACAGGGACCAGGUGCUGGUGGGUGCCAGGGGAUGGGGAACCAUCCCCAAGCACGGGGGGCAGAGGAAAGGCCGGGGUCCUGCACCCCACUCCUGCUCCAUCCCCUCCCUGUCCCCUCUCCUGUCCCUGUCCCCUCCAGGCCCCUGCUCUCCUGGCACAGUGUGGGCAGGCUGGGGACAGCCCCUGUCCCCGCUGGUGACAAGUUGUGCCCCCACAGGCUCAGGGGGGAUGGAACAGGUACCUGUAGAGGGGGAUGAGGGGACCCCGAGUAUCCCUGUCACCCCAUUCUGUGACACCCCAGGAGUGCCGCUGUCACCUGGCAGAGCUGUCACCCCUGUGGCCUGGCAGGACAGGGAUAUGCAGCCCCUGGCACCGGCCUGUGAGGGUGCCCGGCCCCCCACUGCACCCUUGUGCCCCCACCUCUGCCCUCCAGAGAUCCCCAUCCCCAGGAGCACCCCAUCCCUCUCAGGAGCACCCCCAUCCCAGAGCCCCCAUGCCCAGAGAACCCCAACCCCAAAGACCCCCAUCCCCAGAGCCCCCAUCCCCAGAGCCCCCCAUCCCAGAGCCCCCCAUGCUCAGAGUCCCCAUCCCCAAAAACCCCCAUCCCAGAGUCCCCAUCCCCAGGAGCCCCCAGCCCGCAGCAGCCCUGGGUGAGGGUGGGGGGCACCCAUGGGUGCUGCUCCUGGCCCGUCUCUCCUCCCUCCCGGGGGUCCUGCCGCUCGCUCGAGCCGGCUGACGGGGCAGGAUGGGGACAGGACCAUGACGAGGUGGCCCGUGGGUGUCACAGCAGGUUCCAGGGCCGGGGUCCCCCCAGUGCGGGCAGGGGUCACCCCUGGCACCCCCAGAGCCCUGGGUAGCCCCCAGACCCAGCACGGUGCUGCUGGGGGACAUGGGGACACCAGCACAGCCCCUCCAGCCAAGGCCAUCACCCCCCAUCCCUUGGGUGAUCCCCAAGUUGCAGAGGGGCUGUGCUGAGCCCCGCGGGGCCCGGGCCGGAUCCUGCCCCACAGCAGCACUGGUGCUGGGCAUUGCACGUCCCUCUUCGGGUGACAAUCUGGCUUUGUACAGAAUAAAGCGUGCGAGGAGGGGACACGUCUGGUGCCGGGGCCACAGCAAUGGGCAUGGAAUGGGGGGCGAGGGGCUGCCCCGGGCAGGGCACGGCCACCCGGCUCUGUCACACAAGGCACCGGCACCACCUGCUUCCCUCGGUGCAGGGGGGACAGCCACGCAGGGACAGCGGAGCAGUGGGGACAGCAGAGCAGUGGGGACAGCGGAGCAGUGGGGACAGCCAUGCAGGGGACAGUGGAGCAGUGGGGACAGCAGAGCAGUGGGGACAGCCAUGCAGGGGACAGCAGAGCUGUGGGGACAGUGGAGCAGUGGGGACAGCAGAGCAGUGGGGACAGCCAUGCAGGGGACAGUGGAGCAGUGGGGACAGCAGAGCAGUGGGGACAGCAGAGCAGUGGGGACAGCCACGCAGGGACAGCAGAGCAGUGGGGACAGCAGAGCAGUGGGGACAGCCAUGCAGGGGACAGCAGAGCUGUGGGGACAGCGGAGCAGUGGGGACAGCCAUGCAGGGGACGGCAGCACAGUGCCCAUGCCAGUGGCUGCAGUGCUGCCCAUCUGGCACCCACUGCAGCCACAAGGCCAGUGGGUCUGGACAGGAGCCAGAGAGGAGGAGGAGGGGGAGGAGGAAGCAAAUGAGGCCACACGUGUUGGGGGUCCCACGGGAGGGUGCAGGAUCGUGCCGGGGCUGCACACCUGUGGGCGUGGGGCUGCUGCUGCCUGUCCUGCCUGCGCACAGGCACGCAGGGACUGACCUGGCCAGGGCAUGGCACAGUAUGGCACAGCAUGGCGCAGCAUGGCACAGCACGGCACAGCACUGCACAGCAUGGUGCAGCAUGGCACAGCAUGGCGCAGCAUGGCAUAGCACGGCACAGCAUGGCGCAGCACGGCACUGCAUGGCACAGCAUGGCACAGCACAGCCCCACUGUGAGACACACGAUUGUGCAUCUCCCCAGAUGUGCACCUCCUUGCACACAAGUGUGCACCCCCUGCACACAGAUGUACAACCCCCUUGCACACAGAAGUACAUGCCCGUGCACAUGGUCUGCACCCCCUUGCACACAGGCGUACACCCCCCUGCACACAGAUGUGCACAACUUGCAUGCAGAUGUACACCCCCCUGCACACAGAUGUGCACCCCCCUGCACACGGUUCUGCACCCCCCUGCACAUGGUUCUGCACCCCACCUGCACGCAGAUGUGCACCCCCUGCCCAUGGCCCUGCCCCCCCAGCCCCACCCCCCACCUCUGGCUCCCCACCGCUGCCCGCAGCCCCUCACCGUGCUAUGGGGGAGCCUGCUCUGGCCCCGCUCCCCAUGUCCCCAUGGGGAUCACGCCAUGGCCCCGUCCCACAGGGUCACCAUGGCUGGGUGGGCAGUGGGGGGAUGCCCUUUUGCCCCCGCAAGGAGCCCAGUAGCCUGGGGCCACCGUCAGCCGCUGGCAGGGCCACCCAUGGCCGGGACCCCAGCUCAGGGUUGGGGGUCCCACUUCGGGGCUGUGAUAGGGCCGGGCUCCCCGGCAGCCCCCUCGCCCCUCGGGAGCAGCGUCCCCCCGCGCCCGGUGCCGUGGGCUCAAACAUUAACCGGGGCCAGGUCAGCCGGUGACCCAUGGCCCCCGCGCCGGCUGGCGCAGGCUGGGCCGCCCCCGCGCCGCCCCCAGGGAUAAAACCGGGGGUCCCGUGGCCGCCCCACAGCCCGCAGCCCAGCGCCCCCAGCACAGCCCAGCGCCCCCCAGCACAGCCAGCAUGAGGAGCCUUGGCGUGGACCCUGACCCCUGUGAUGGGCCCGAGCCCAGCAAGGCCAAGGCCGAGUACCGGAACUACACGGACGGGAAGCUGCUGGACCGCGUCUACAACACCUACCUGCAGAUGCACACCCACCAGACCGUCGACUUCGUCCGCAAGAAGAGCGCGCAGUACGGGAGCUGCUCCCUGCGCACCAUGGGCGCCAUGGAGGCCCUGGACCUGCUGGACCAGCUGGUGGACGAGUCGGACCCCGACGUGGAUUUCCCCAACUCGUUCCACGCGUACCAAACCGCCGAGGGCAUCCGCCGCGCGCACCCCGACAAAGACUGGUUCCACCUGGUGGGGCUGCUGCAUGACCUGGGGAAGGUGCUGGUGCUGUUUGGGGAGCCCCAGGUGAGACCCCCGGGAUGGGGGCGCCCCGAGGGCUGUGCCCCCCACACCGCAGCACAGCUGGGGAAGGGGCUGGGUGUGCAGGGUUCCGGCCCUGACCCCCACUGGCUCUCCCCCCAGCACCGAGUUCGGGAUGUACCAGCCCCACUGCGGCCUGGAGAACGUCCUCAUGUCCUGGGGACACGAUGGCGUUCUACAUGGUGCGCUUCCACUCCUUCUACCCCUGGCACGCGCACGGGGAUUACCGGCACCUCUGCUCCGAGCAGGACCUGCAGAUGCUGCCCUGGGUGCAGGAGCUCAACAAGUUCGACCUCUACACCAAGCAGGAGGAGCUGCCGGACGUGCAGCAGCUCCGGGGCUACUACCAGGGCCUGAUCGACAAGUACUGCCCGGGGCAGCUCUGCUGGUGAGCGGGGACCCCCCGUGAGGGGACCCCCACCCACCCCACGGCGCCGCACCGGACCCCGACCUGCCCCACGGCACCGACACAGCACCCCCCGCUCAGCCCCUCGCCGUGGGCGCACCGGGCUCUACAAUAAACCCGCUGUCACGCA